AACCCUUUUGAAUAGUGCAAUUUGUAUGUUGUGUUUAAAAAGUGAUAGCUGAUGGAUCUUCUAUCUGAGCGCCAAAAGAUACAAAGGAACCGCACGCUCUAUACAACCAGCAACUGGAUAAACAAUCAAACGAUGCAACCACAUUAUGGAUCUGACGAAGAGGAUGAAGUUUUAACUAAACGUGGAUCUUGGACAGGAAGAUUCGAUUUCAUUUUAUCACUCCUUGGCUACUCGGUUGGAUUGGGAAAUGUUUGGCGAUUUCCGUAUCUGUGUUAUAAUAACGGUGGCGGUGCCUUCCUCAUUCCUUUCACAAUUAUGCUGAUCAUUGCUGGUUUACCGCUGAUGUUCAUGGAACUGUCUCUGGCUCAGUACGCCGGUUUGGGACCGGCUGUUCUAUUCAAACGAUUUUCUCCCCUAUUUCAAGGACUUGGUUUUGGCAUGGUGCUAAUUGCAGGCAUAGUUAUGCUAUACUACAAUGUUAUUCUGGCUUGGACUUUGUACUACAUAAUGGCAUCCUUCGAAGAACCUCUUCCCUGGAAGGGUUGCAAUCAUGCUUGGACCAGUCAAUACUGUUACUCUUACGAAGAGGAGCAUCAGUGUCUUGCCAAGAAUGGAACCUACUAUUUGAAACAGUGCUAUGAAAGUGCUCAACUGAUAACGAAUUAUACCAGGGUCCCGAAGAAACCACCGGCUGAGGAUUUUUUUAAAAACUAUCUCCUGCAGCUGUCUCCCGGGAUCGAGUCAACGGGAAGCAUCAGCAUAAACCUGGCCCUGGCUCUGAUGGGUGCCUGGUUGAUCGUAUUUCUCUGCCUUUGCAGGGGUGUCAAAUCAUCGGGAAAAGUGGUCUACUUUACCGCACUCUUCCCUUACGUUGUGCUGAUAAUGUUGUUCAUACGUGGAAUCACACUUCCGGGGGCCUACGCCGGCAUAAUGUUCUAUCUGGAGCCGGAUUGGGAAAAGCUAAAGCACGCACAAAUUUGGGGUGAUGCAGCUGUGCAGAUAUUUUUCGCCCUCAGCCCAGCCUGGGGCGGAUUGAUAACCCUAGCAUCGUACAAUAAGUUCUCAAAUAACUGCUUCCGUGAUGCGGUCAUCGUGGCCGUUACAAAUAUUUUGACAUCGUUCUUUGCUGGGUUUGUGAUAUUCUCGGUGCUGGGCUUUCUGGCACAUGAACUGGACACCGAGGUUGGCAGAGUGAUCGAUCAGGGUGCUGGAUUGGCGUUCGUGGUUUUUCCCGAGCUGGUGACCAAGCUACAGAUGCCGAUGUUCUGGUCGGUGGUGUUUUUCUUUAUGUUGCUGACCCUCGGACUGGACUCCCAGUUUGCUCUGAUGGAAACGGUUGUAACGGCUGUACUGGACACUUUUCCUCAGUGGCGUCGCUGGAAGCUGAGAGUCGUGUUUGGAGUAGCCGUUAUCGGAUACUUCGGUGGAUUGAUUUUUAUUACCAAUAGUGGAAUGUACUGGUUCCAGUUGGUGGACAAAUAUGCCGCCUUCUGGUCUGUCUUGCUGAUAGCCAUCAUUGAGUGUGUUCUGAUAGCUUGGGGUUACGGAUCGGAUCGAUUCAUUUCGAACAUUGAAGAGAUGAUCGGCAAACGAUCGCAAGCAUUUCAUACAUUUUGGACGAUUAUUUGGAAGUACAUUACACCGAGCACGUUAUUGUUCAUUCUCUGUUUCAAUUGGAUCCAAUAUAGGCCAGUCACCUAUGGAAAGUACAGUUAUCCGGUUUGGGCAGACAUUGUAGGAUGGGGCAUUGGAUUGUUGCCCAUUUCGGUAGUUCUGUUGACAACACUAUAUCAACUCAUCACUGAUGCCUCGGAUAGAUCCAUGAUGCAAAAAAUUCACCACCUCCUGAAACCCACACCGGAUUGGAAAGCCGCCAAAUCAUGUCUCUACCAUCUGGAGUACGAUGAUAAUGGCAUUGAGCUAUGAGACAACCACCGAAGCGCCAGCCAUCGUCAUUGGAUCGGUGAUUUAUGGACCAUAAUACAGAUAAACAGUUUUCCGUUGUCGGCACCCUUGUAGUGCAUCCAACAACAACAAGAACAACAACCUUCAAACCAACCCGCGAAUCCAGUCGAUUAUCUAAUGUGUGAAACGGAUUAAAGGUUACAAUAUUCUUGGCACAGUUCGAAGGUUUUCUGUUAUUACUACCUCUCAUCCAACGGGUUCGACACAUUCCUGAAGAAGGCUGGCCAGAAGGUUGGAAACCGAUACCAUGCAAACCGUAGCUACCGAAACCACAGCUAAAGAAGGCCACCACCGGACCCUAAUGGAAAACUGAUACUGAAGAAUAACCCCUAUAAACCCCUUCCUUUUUCCUUGUUUAAAGUUUUUUUUUCUAACUGUUGAGUCGCCGCGACUAUUACGGCCCCCUUCCUUACUAACCAGUGAAACGAAU